AACAACAGCAACCAAACAUGUCACCGCAGUUAAUGAACCGAAGUUUUGAAGGAAGCAGAGAAAAGAGACCACAGCUUUCUGCCUCUCUAAUUAUCCUGUUUGUGCAUCUGGAAAAAAAGGGGGCUCUAGCCUGCUCAAGUUGCGACAGGACUGCCUCACUUCAUUGGAUUCUGGAUUUUGCUUUGGAGACAGCAACGCAAUUUGCCUGACAAGCCAAUGUGGAAAGACCUGCUGGAGGUUCGCUGCUCCUACCAGUCGCUCUAAACAAGUGUGUCUGAGAACCUACCCACCGAGGAGUUCUGCAAUGCUCACAGCCGUCUGUGGUUCUCUUGGCAACCAGUGUUCGGAGACACCCCGUUCCUCUCCAACCCACGUAGAGCUACAGCCUCUGCAGACCUUCCAGCCCCACACCAGCCCAGAUAGCGGGGGAGAUUUCCCAUCCCCUCUGCAACCCACAGAGCUCCAGCAUCUGCCUUUGGCUGGGCCCGACACGGAGUAUUCGGGCAAUGCUGGUUACGAGCUGCAUGGGGCUUCAAGGUUAGACCUGGACGGCGAAAGCCAGCUGGCCCCUGGCCCGUACUCUAAGCUCCUACAGGCAGCACCAGAUAUGGCUCACCACUAUGAACCUUGGUUCAGGCCUACCCAUCCUGGCAGUGGCGCUGACGAUGGCGGCAUCAAUCCAUGGUGGGAUCUCCAUGCCGGAUCCAGCUGGAUGGAACUUCAGAGUGGUCUCCAGCCGCCAGGCCACACAGGCGGACUUCAGCCAGGGCUGGGUGGCUAUGGCACUGCAGAACAUCAGCUCUGUGGCCCGCCUCACCACCUGUUGCCUUCAGGGCCACACCUCAUGGGCCAGGAAGUGAUCAAGUCCCUGGAUUCUACUCAGGAGCCCCACCCAAUGGAGCAGGCUGGGGAUGGUAGUGGUAGGCCAAAGAGCUCGAGGCGCUCGGUGACCCGGAGUUCUGGCCAAACCGCCUGUCGGUGCCCUAAUUGCCAGGAGGCCGAAAGGGUGGGCCAGUGCCCUGACAACUCGAAGAAGAAGCACCUCCACAACUGCCACAUCCCUGGCUGCGGCAAGGCCUAUGCCAAGACAUCCCACCUGAAGGCCCACCUGAGGUGGCACAGUGGCGACCGCCCCUUUGUCUGCAAUUGGCUGUUUUGUGGGAAGCGCUUCACCCGCUCUGAUGAGCUGCAGAGGCACCUUCAGACCCACACGGGAACCAAAAAAUUCACCUGCCCUGUUUGCAACCGGGUCUUCAUGAGAAGUGACCACUUGAGCAAGCACAUGAAGACACAUGAAGGGGCUAAGGAGGAAGGAGAAGGAGAGGCCAAAGCUGGGACAGAGCCUCCCGCAAAAGUCAAACGGGAACCUGACGGAAGCUCUUCGAGUGCUGCUUCCCAACCCAACUGAGCCUUUCUUCCUCGUCGAGGAUGUCCCCUCGCCAUCUCUCCAUAAUGGUGCCUCCUGGCCUACUGACUUGUCCUCCUUGCUCAAGGCUCCGGGGUCACACAACACCCUCUAAGCCUGAACCUUAUUCUGUCCUUGGAAGGAGAAGUUAUUUAUUCCCUAGGAGGAAAGGACGAUGUUGUUGGGACACACUAGGAAGGGCCACGCCCUUGAGCAGCUUUCAGCUGGGUGUGUUGAGUGUGUGUUUGGGGAGUAUGGGAGGGAUAUUUUUGAAGGAUGGUCUUUGAGGUGGGUUGGGCUAAGUGGAAUCUUCUGGGCAGAUAUAAAUGGAGGGAUAUGGGCCUUAACUGUCUCCAUCUUGAAUGAUGGGUUUCUUGUCUCUAUUACACACUGAGAACACACAAGUGUGUUAACAGUUGCGGUGGGACGACAUUCUUCAGUUUAAGCUUGUAGAGUUUUAGGGGGUUGGAUCCACUAUUCAACUCCCCACCCCACCCCAGGUCUCUGAUUUAGUAGGUAACAAGGCUACCCUAGUUUUGUAGGCAAAAUAGCUGCCACACCUCCGUUGGAUUUCUUUUUUUGGAAGGAUAAUGGGGGCAGAAUUGUUGGCUUGUGUCUUAGAUUGCUACCUUGCUCUGUUCCCAAAGCCUCUGAGGCCCCUCAACCUUAUCCUUAACUAUGGGUGUUUUCACAAGUGGCUCUGAAAGUACAUUUUAGUUCCCCUUGUGGUACUUUAUAGCCCUUGUAACCUAAUAAAUCAUGCACUACAGAUUUAUUUUAAAUUUUUCUUAAGGACCACGCUGAAAUGUGAGUUUAUACACAUACUCAGCACUUUAAGUCACCUGUGGAAAGGAUACAGUCCCCAAAAGGGUGUUUAUAUCCUUAACUAGCUUCCCAAUAGACAUUCCUGGUCUUAAAAUGAUAGGAGCUCCUGUAAUGUGAAUCUUCGUAACGUGUUUGUAACAUCACAGGAGUGUGUCAAAUAUUUAAAGAUCAUCUAUGAUUUUCAACUCUUAAGGAGUUGAAAAAUCCAAAUUGAAUGCAGAUGUAUCAGCUGCUUCCAUAGUAGGUGUUUAGUGUAGAAUAAUGCCUUGUUCAUUCACAUUUGGUGUUUGUGUGUGUCCAAUACAACAUUGUUAUCCAUUUACAAUCUUCCCUGUGUUUCUUCUGCCUUUUCUUACCGUAGAAAAUCUAUCAUUUUCUUAGGAGGACAGAAGACUGUAGAUACCCUUAGCAUUACCCUUCCAUCUUUUUAAUAAGUGUGUCGACAUGAACGAGUCUGGGUUUUAUAACCCUUUUUAAUUGAGCUGUUAAUUAGUGAAAAUACACUUUUCUGGCUAUAUAUAUAUAUAUUAUUUAACUUUUUAAAAAUGAGCCAAAUGUUGCUUAAAUUAAAGUGCCAUAGCACUAUAAGACUCUCCUGCUAAUAAAAAAUACGAAGAAGAAAGCUGUUUCAAGUCACUGCCAUUUUAGAAAUGCACUCCUCCCUCCUUAAUUCAAUGCUUCCAAGCAUUUCUGAUCCAGUUUUUUAAAGAAAUAUUAAAAUAUUAGUGAAAUACUGCUUAAAUUAGUGUGUUGCAGUGCUAUAACACUAUAAUGCUAAUUUUUUAAAAAAGAAGAAGGGGGGGAACCUUUCUGGUCAUUGCCAUUUUAGCAAAGUGGCUUCCUUGAUGAACCUACAGAAAAAGUUCAAUGUCCUCAGGACCAUGGAAAAUCUAUUGCAAUUCUGCUUGAAGCUUACAGUGGAAGAGCAACGACCUAUUAGUGCUAGGAACCUCCAGAAGCAGUCACACAGUUAAUUCUAUGGAGCUACAUUGCUGUCCUGCUCAACAAUAAGGAAGUUUCUAGUCCUCAUUGUUGUAAAGCAGAGCUGAAAAGCAUCUCAGUGGCCCAUACCAAGAGCACUAUGGGAGUACUGAAAAGCUAAACUAUACCCACACUGUUGUUUGUCCAGUGGAAUAGUUCAUAGUGGUUGAGGUGUGGGGAGAACACACAUAAUGGCCUUGUUUACAUGUAAUGCUACGCUAAACAAUGGCUAAGCACAGAUGAGCAAUUGUGCUGGUGCACAGCUAGAAAAUCACAAUGUUUCGCUCCUCCCCUGCUCCUGCUGUGCCACAGGGAGCUAAGCCAUGGUUUGGCUAGUUCUUACAUGCGAACACAAGUAUAUGGUUUGUCUCCCGAAACAAAUCACGCACAGUAAACGUUGGUUACAGCUUGUGAGUUAUUUGGAGAGGAGGGGAGAAAAGCUCAUUCAUGCUAAGCUAUAGUUUGUUGUACUGUUAUGUGAAAACCAGCCAAUGAGCAUAUUACUACACUGAUAUUGUGUACUUGCUGUACGUACGUGGAUUGCAUUGGAUGGCAUGGAUCUUUCCCUUCACUCAGCUCAAAAUUCUCAAGUGGUUUGAAAACAGAAUUUCUGGGUAAGAAAUUAUGCCUCAAUCACUGAUGCAAAGAACUUACCUGUGAUAAAAAAAACCCAUGUCCCUGUACUGAAGCAUAUGGAUCUGACUAUAGGUGAGCUUUCUCUGUUGACGUUUCAGACACAACAUUUUCAGCUGUGUUUCAGGAGUGCAUCAUAUUAUUGCAUUUGUAAUCCCUGUUAAAAAAACAACAACCACACACACCAGACCUAAAAUGUUGCGCAGUGAAGCAAUUGUAUGCAUUUUCGCUUUGUUAAAAUAGCAGUAUGUAGGGUUCCUACUCACAAGGAACUGAAUUUGAAGGAAAGGGUUCAAAUUCAAAAUACACAAUUAAUUGUAUUUCUAUUUGUACCAAAUGGGAGGUGUUCCGAGAUUCUUUUUUCUGCAGCACAAAAUGUAUUGUGUUCUUUGUCUACAUCCUUAGCCCACUGAGGCACCUGCUACACCAAUCUCUCAGUCACCACACAUAUUUCAAUGAAAUGCAGUUUUGCAAAAAUGUUAAAUUUGAUGGAUGGGAUAUUAAAAACCCAAUUUU